CGCUCUCCUCGUGGCUUCAAUCUUCACGCUUCAUCCUAAUAAAUAAGUAGUUGUAGCUUAAGAAAAUGAGGAUCUUGCAGGUCCCGUGGCGUAAGGAGCAACCUCAAUAAUGGCCGAGUUCGACCUUGCUGCCAGUUUCAUCCCUUCCCUGCACAAGCCUGCCUCUUUACUGCCUAUCGCUCGACACCGGCAAAGUCUUCUCUAUCUCAUCGAGACAUAUCCAGUCACCAUUGUUGUUGGACAGACUGGGUCGGGGAAAACAACCCAGAUACCUCAGUAUCUCGAGCAGGCGGGAUGGUGUUCGGACGGUAAAGUCAUCGCUGUGACCCAGCCCCGUAGGGUAGCAGCAACAACAGUUGCAAUCCGCGUUGCAGAGGAGGUGGGCUGCAAAGUCGGUGCAGAGGUCGGCUACUCCAUCCGAUUCGAAGAUGUUACCUCUGCUGCAACCAGAAUCAAGUUCCUGACCGAUGGCCUACUUCUCAGGGAGGCCUUGGUGGACCCGUUGCUUUCACGUUACUCAGUCAUCAUGGUUGAUGAAGCUCAUGAGCGGUCUUUGAGCACAGAUAUCUUACUGGGGGUGCUCAAGAAGAUCCUGAAGAAACGGCCAAACGAUUUACGGAUUAUUAUCAGUAGCGCAACGCUCCAGGCCGAGGAUUUCCUCAACUUCUUCAAGGGAGAUGCAGAUGCUGAACCUAAAGUUGAGAAAUCUGACGCGCUGACUCUGGAUGAGCUAAUUGCUCAAGGCAGCUCCAACAACCAAGGAGCCGACGCUGAGUUAGGGGGGAGUAUUGGUCGAAUUAUCAAUCUGGAAGGCAGGACUUAUCCGGUUGAUAUUCUCUACCUGGAGAAACCCGCUGAGGACUAUGUUGAAAAGGCCGUACAAACAGUGUUCGACAUUCAUACUAAAGAGCCAGACGGAGAUAUUCUCGUCUUCCUCACUGGACGAGAAGAAAUAGACACGGCCGUGCAGGCAAUAUCUGAGCGAGCUGCCAGUCUCCAUCCCAGAGCGCAGUCCUUGAUGGCUCUUCCACUCUACGCAGGUCUUUCAACUGAACAACAGAUGUAUGUCUUCGAGGAGGCACCUGAAAACACGAGGAAGGUGAUCUUCUCCACAAACAUUGCUGAGGCUUCGGUCACUAUCGAUGGGAUCGUGUACGUUGUGGACAGUGGAUAUGUCAAGCUUCGUGCUUUCAAUCCCACAACCGGCAUCGAAACAUUGACCGCAACACCUGUAUCCAAAGCGUCCGCAACCCAACGUGCCGGCCGUGCAGGUCGCACAAAGCCGGGCAAAUGCUUCCGUCUAUAUACUGAGGCUAGCUUCCAGUCACUUGAGGAAGCUACCGUUCCCGAAAUCCAGAGGUCGAACCUUGCGCCAGUCAUCUUGCAACUCAAAGCGCUCGGGAUCGACAACAUUGUCCGAUUCGACUUCAUUACUCCUCCGCCGGCAGAGCUAGUCAUCCGAGCCCUUGAGCUGCUAUAUUCCCUGGGUGCUUUAGAUGACUAUGCUAAAUUAACCAGGCCACUGGGAAUAAGAAUGGCUGAGUUAGCAGUAGAGCCCAUGAUGGCCAAGACGCUUCUUUCCGCGCCCUCCUUUGGGUGUCUCAGCGAGAUUCUGACAAUUGCAGCCAUGACCAGCCUCGGCGGAAACAUCUGGUUCCAUCACGACGGCGAGAAGAAGCGGAUGGAGAGCGCACGACGAAAAUUCGCCGUCGAAGAAGGUGAUCAUCUCACACUGCUCAAUGUCUACCAAGCAUUUGUGACCAAGGGUCGCAAGGAAGCCAAAUUCUGCCACGACCACUAUCUCAACUUCAAAGCCUUAAGCAGAGCCGUAAGCAUCCGCGCACAGCUGAAGCGCUACCUCGAAAGAUUCGGCAUGAACGUGGAAGAAAGCCUCUCGUCCUCAAACGCCAACAAGCAACCGCUCUCGGUCGGCGGCGGCGGCGGUCCCGACAAAGGGGAGCAGAUCCGUCGCUGUCUCACGACGGGCUUCUUCGCCCACGCGGCCAAGAUGCAACCCGACGGCACGUUUCGAAACGUGGCGGGCGGCACCGUGUUGCAUGCGCAUCCGAGCUCGUUGAUGUUCAAUAGGAAGGCGGAUUGGGUCAUCUUUCACGAGGUCAUGGAGACGGGGAACAAGACUUUCAUUCGGGAUGUCACCAAGAUUGAAAAGAACUGGUUGGUGGAGUACGCGCCGGAAUUCUAUAAGAUCCAGCGAUGAAUCGAUAAUAAUAUCAAACAAAAUAAAAUAAAAUAAAAUAAAAGCAUUGAGUG